ACGGUAGGGAGAGAAAACAUCAAGAGAGAGUGAAGUGAAGGGAGUUUGUGAAGGAUGAAACGACAAGCCUUACGCGUGUGCAAUUGUCGUUUGCAUUUCCCUCCAUCACUCUGUCUAUAAAAACACCUUCUAAUUCUUCGCAUUCUCUUUCAAGUUUAAAAAUUAGUAUUUUCUUCGCUUAUUUCUUUCUUCUCACUUUCCUUCUACCCAUUUUCCAUUUCUGAAUUUCAAAAUUUCAAAUCCUCAUCGUAACCGGAGAGAAAUGGACGUUCACCGGCGAACUGUAAACGCCGCCGGAAACUCUCUUUUCUCCGACAAAUCUUCAAAAUCAAAAAACCAAAAGCACGAUUUACAGUCACAACAAUCACUCUACUUGACAAACGCGGUUUUCUUCGGUCUCUUCUUCUCCGUUGCGUACUUUCUUCUUCACCGGUGGCGUGAAAAGAUCCGAACCUCUACACCUCUUCACGUCCUCACAAUCUCCGAGAUUGUUGCUGUAUUUUCCCUCAUCGCUUCCAUUUUCUACCUUAUGGUUUUCUUCGGCAUUGGUAUCAUCUUUCAUCCAUUCGCCGCUUCUCGUACAGUUCAUUACGAUGAAGAAGAUGAAUCCGACAUUGCAAAAACCUCCGGUUUAUGCCUUGCCGGAGUCUCGCCGACGUUACCUCCGCUUCCGCCGAAAAUAUCCGUCGAAAAAGUUGCUCCGGCACUGGUUCCGGCGGUGAUACUUUCCUCCGAUGACGAGGAGAUUGUCCGUGCGGUGGUGUCAGGUUCAAUUCCGUCUUACACGCUUGAAUCGAAGCUUGGUGAUUGCAAACGUGCGGCGGCGAUUCGGAACCUAGCGGUGGAGAGAGUUACCGGAAGGUCACUUGAGGGUUUACCAAUGGAAGGUUUUGAUUAUGAUUCUAUAUUGGGACAGUGUUGUGAGAUGCCGAUAGGGUUUAUUCAGAUUCCGGUGGGAGUUGCCGGUCCUUUGUUGCUCGACGGGAAGGAGUACACAGUUCCGAUGGCAACGACUGAAGGUUGUUUGGUUGCAAGUACUAACAGAGGCUGUAAAGCUAUUUAUGUUUCCGGUGGUGCUUCCGCUGUUGUCCUCCGUGAUGGCAUGACUAGAGCCCCCGUUGUUAGAUUCAACUCCGCCAAAAGAGCUUCUCAGUUAAAGUUCUUUUUAGAAGAUUCUCAAAAUUUUGAUUCCCUCUCUCACAUUUUCAACAAGUCAAGUAGAUUUGCAAGAUUACAGAGUAUCAAAGCCACUAUGGCAGGAAAGAAUUUGUAUAUUAGGUUUACUUGUUCAACGGGUGAUGCAAUGGGGAUGAACAUGGUAUCGAAAGGUGUACAAAAUGUACUUGACUUUCUUCAAAGUGAAUUUCCUGAUAUGGAUGUUAUUGGGAUAUCUGGAAACUUUUGUUCGGACAAGAAAGCUGCAGCGGUGAAUUGGAUUGAAGGGAGAGGGAAAUCUGUGGUGUGUGAGGCUGUAAUUAAGGAAGAGGUGGUUAAGAAAGUGUUAAAGACUAGUGUUGAGUCUUUGGUUGAGCUUAACAUGCUCAAAAACCUUACUGGUUCUGCCAUGGCCGGUGCUCUUGGCGGAUUCAACGCACAUGCUAGUAAUAUUGUUUCUGCUAUUUACUUGGCUACAGGUCAAGAUCCUGCUCAGAAUGUGGAGAGUUCUCACUGUAUGACCAUGAUGGAAGCUGUGAAUGAUGGCAAAGACCUUCAUAUCUCUGUCACUAUGCCUUCCAUUGAGGUAGGCACAGUUGGUGGAGGCACACAGCUUGCGUCACAAUCAGCAUGUUUGAAUUUACUUGGUGUUAAGGGUGCUAGUAAAGAGUCACCAGGAGCAAAUUCAAGGCAACUGGCAACAAUAGUAGCUGGUUCAGUCCUUGCCGGAGAGCUCUCACUGAUGUCUGCAAUUGCAGCCGGGCAGCUUGUUAAGAGCCACAUGAAAUACAACAGGUCUAGUAAAGAUGUUACCAAACUUGCUUCAUGAGCUGUUCAUUUGACAAUACUACAACUGUGAGAUAACUUUGCAUGUAUCAUCAAAGAAUAAAAGAAAAUGAAAUUUCAAUGUAGAGUAUAAAUUAUGUUCAAAAGAAGAUUAAUUGGUGAUGCUGGUGGGGACAUGGCCUGCUAACUAGACUUCAUUAAUGUAUGGUCCAUGUGUGGGGAUCAUAUCUUUCUGAAGUUGUAUAGAAGGAAUUAAAUAAUUAAGACUCUUAGUUUGAUUCCCUUAAUUUUUCUUUGACAAAAAAGGAAAAAAAGUAGCAUCAUUAGUGUUGUAACUUGUAAGUAUGUAGUCAUCUAAAACUCAAAACAUGUUGUACUGUUUUAGGUUGUGUUCUUGCCUGUAUUCUAAUUUCCACCGCUUAAGUUGUUAAUUACUUUGUGGUUUUAGUUGUCAUUUUAAAGAUAUUUACAUUAUAAUUACUUCA